AUGGUCAAGGACCUUGUCUCGGCGAAUUCGGAUUCGGAGGAGGAAAAUCACUGCUUUGAAAUUAAAAAGAGAAUUUCAUCCUCUACGCCAAAAGAAGCGAGUGCUAUCACCAAAGGGCGUGUUAACCUGGUUGUGGCCGCAUUUGCAGCUGGGCUUUCUAUUAAUUCUAUGAAGCAACCCAUCUCGCAGGAGCAGAAGGGACAUGAUAAUCCAACUUGGGAUGGGCAGGGUAGGAGCAAGGAAGAUGGCGUUCAUUUGGAUGAAUAUGGGUCAAACUUAUUGAAUCCAGAUAUUGGAACGCGUAAGCGCCCUUUGGAGGCUGUGGAGGGUCACAUGGGUGACAUACCCACGCUGAAGAAACAAUUUGUGGAAGCUGCUGAUAAUCUAGAACAGGUGGAGGAAGCCAGCCUAGAGUGGCCCCCAUCGGAUAAAUGA